GAAUCAGCGCGAUGAGUGUGUUUAUUUCUCCAUCCGUCAGUUCAGCUCGGUUCUCAGUAGCGGAACAUCAUGACUCGAGCCGCGUUGAUCGUUCUCACCGUUUUUAUUCUCCUUCUGUCCCGAUGCUGCGACGCAAAACGCAAACUCCUGGUGUUUCUGAUCGAUGGCUUCCGUUAUGAUUACAUGGAUGAUUUACAAAACUUGGCCGGAUUUAGAGAGAUCGUGGAAAACGGUGUGAAAGUGGAUUACCUGACUCCAGAUUUCCCCAGUCUGUCCUAUCCAAACUAUUACUCUCUAAUGACAGGACGCCACUGCGAGGUACACCAGAUGACUGGGAAUUACAUGUGGGAUAAAGACAGCAUGAAGGAGUUCCUGAUUGGAACUAAUCCUGACAGCCGUCUUCCCAUGUGGUGGGACGGAUCAGAACCGCUGUGGGUUACCAUGCAGAAACGAGGCAAGAGAGUCUACAUGUACUACUGGCCAGGCUGUGAAGUGACGAUUCUUGGAGUCAAACCUACAUUCUGUGAGGAAUACGUGUACAAUCCUUCAGAGAAGAACCUGACCGACUCCAUGGAGAACGCUCUUAAUAUGUUAAAAAGCAAUAAAGCAGACAUGGCUGGUAUUUAUUAUGAGAAGAUUGAUGUGGAAGGACAUCACUUUGGGCCGCGCUCUCCGGAAAUACAGCGCGCCAUUCAGUCACUGGACCGGGCUUUCCAGACACUCAAUCAGAAAAUCAAGGAGAAGAAUAUGAGAGAUAAUAUAAACGUGGUUCUGUUCUCUGAUCACGGCAUGACGGAGCUCAAGUGGAUGGAGAAAGUCAUUGAACUGGACAAUUACAUUGAUAUGUCACACAUCAUUAAAAUGAUGGACAGAGGCCCGGUGGUCAGUCUGUGGCCCAAACAGGACAAGUUUGAAGAGAUAUAUCAAAACCUGAGCACAGUGAACAACAUGAAUGUUUAUAAGAAACAAGAGAUCCCAGACCGCUUCCACUACAAGAACGGGAGGUUCGUCUCAACGCUGACGCUUGUUGCACAGCCUGGAUGGUUUAUUACAGAGAAUAAAGCCAAACUGCCCUUCUGGAAAAACGGCACGGAGGAGGCGGAGGGCUGGCAACACGGAUGGCACGGUUAUGAUAAUGAGUUUAUGGACAUGAGGGGAUUCUUUUUGGCACAGGGACCAGACUUCAAGAAGAACUUCCGUGCUGGUCCCAUCCGAACAGUAGAUGUGUAUAAUGUUUUGUGCAAGACGCUGGGGAUCGACCCCUUGCCCAAUAACGGCUCGUGGUCUCGUGUGGAAUGUAUGAUGAGGAGCUCGGCUGGUCCCGUACGAGCCGCUCUGAUCUACAGCUGUCUGCUGCCGCUGCUAAUGCUGCUGCUGACGCGCUAGGAUAUUCCUCCACUGCAUUCACACUCAAGCACUGGAAAGACAAUAUCAGAAGGAGGAUUGCAACAUCGCAAAUAUGAAACAUAUUUUAUGCCUUAGUGUUUGCCAUGGCGUCAGAUACAUGCCAAGAAAAACAUUUUUAUCAGCUUUUUGCUACACAGUUGUACAUAUCAUUUAAUGCUGAUGAAGUGGAAGAAGGUAUGUUGGUGUUGGAUGAACCAAUUUGCACAUUUUCACUUAAAGAUUUAUAUUUUAGUAAGAUAUGAUCUUUAUUAUAUAAUUACCACCAUAUUCACUUGUUUUCUGUUGUUUUGUGAAUUGUCUCUGUAUCUACUCAGUCUUGAUAACACACAGGGCAGAUUGUUUUUCUGAUUACUGUAAAGUUACUUGACUAGUUGGCUAGUAUCGCAUUUCUGUCAAGGUAUGUAUUGUUUUGAACGUAAGGCAUUAUUUUAUUAUAUUGUUAUCAUUUACAUUUCUACUGUAGAUUAUAUAACUAUAGAUCCUCCAUCUCUUUAGUACAGGGUUUGUACUAAUUUCUUUCUCAAUAAAAGAAAUGUAUCUCCUCAAUAAAAGAAAGAUUAUUUCUUCUAGA